AUGUCCUCGCUACCGCCUCAUUGCGAACCCUCAUCCGAACUGCUCGCACUGAUCUCGUCGACGCUUCACAUAUGCAUACCUAGUACGCUUGGAUUAAUUUCGUCGAUCCUGGGCUGUUUGAGCAUCGUCUCUUGGCUAUUCGCGCAACUACCGCAGAUCUACAAGAACUAUUACUUGCAGUCGACAGCAGGCCUGUCGGCAUUUUUCUUGGUGGAGUGGUGUCUGGGAGAUGCGGCAAAUCUAGUCGGCGCGCUGCUCACACGCCAGGCAUCGUGGCAGGUGACCGUCGCAUCGUACUACGUCUUUGUCGACGUGGUGCUUGUCGUCCAGUAUUAUUGGUACACGUUUAUGAAGAAGACGGCAAAAGGAAAGAAUGGCAUUAGUGGGCCGUUCGAUCAAGACCGUGGCUCUGUCUACGAGGGAAUUCGUAUAAGCGACGAAGACUCACUCGCUGAAAGUGUGAUUCCUGUGCGUGGGAUGCGUCCGUCAGAGCCAAAGGACGUGGGGCUAUUCAAGCCAGCCGCAGACUCCCCUCCGCGUUUCUAUUCACCUGCGUAUGCGUCGGAAAAACCGGACAAUCGACGUGCCUUUGGCAACGGGACCCCCAGCAGCAGUCUUCCCCUCGGAGUGUCCCCGAAAACCGUUCUCCUCACAUCGAUGUUAUGUGCGGUACUAGCCAAUGCGUCUCCGACACCUUCAACAUCCGCAGCGCCCCCGCAUCCCGCCGCCGACUCCUCACUACCAUCGAUAUGGCAUGCUGUGAUGGACCCUCACAACAUCGACCUGGAGACAAUUGGCCGUAUAUUAUCUUGGAUGUCCACUCUACUCUAUCUUGGCUCGCGACUUCCCCAACUAUACAAAAACUAUGUUCGCAAAAGCACAUCUGGUCUCUCGCCGCUUCUGUUUAUGGCCGCCUUUUGCGGUAACUCUUUCUACUCUGCGUCCUUAUUAACGAAUCCCAACGCAUGGUCUGACUAUCCACCAUACGGCGGAGGCGGAUGGGCCGACGCAGAUGGAAACAACCGCGGUGAAUGGGUCGCUCUCGCAACGCCAUUCUUCCUCGGUGCAGCUGGUGUAUUGAGUCUGGAUGCAUUUAUGGGCGUCCAAUUUCUCAUCUACGGCGACGAAGGCGACGAGCCGCUUGUCACCGUCGACGAUCCAGAGGACCCGGGCCAUAAGCGGUGGAGACGCGUGAGUGGGUGGAUGCGAGGAUGGAUUCCGUCGGGAGAGAUCAAUAAGCUUCUCCGCAACAAUUCACGAGAUGAGACACAGUCUCUGCUUGGUAACGAUGGCAAUCAGACGGGACAUAGCUACGGUGGCGUUUGA